AUGGUGCAGCGCAACUCCAACGCCGAGGUGAUGUCCAUGGAUCUUUCGCCGAAGAAGCCGGCCAAGGCGUACGGCAGCGACGGCGGGUCAUACUACGACUGGUCCCCCGCGGAGCUCGCCAUGCUGGGCGCGGCCUCCAUCGGCGCCGCCAAGCUCCACCUCAACGCCGGCGGCCUCUCCCUCCCUAGCUACUCCGACUCCGCCAAGGUAGCUUACGUACUCCAGGGCGCCGGCAUCUGCGGCCUCGUCCUACCGGAGGCGGCUAAAGAGAAGGUCAUCCCCGUCAAGACCGGCGACACCCUGGCGCUUCCCUUCGGCGCCGUCACCUGGUGGCACAACGCCGCCGAGGCUGGCGACACGGAGCUCGUGGUGCUCUUCCUCGGCGACACCUCUAAGGGCCACACACCCGGCCGCUUCACCAACUUCCAGCUCACCGGCGCCACGGGCAUCUUCACCGGCUUCUCCACCGAGUUCGUGGCCCGCGCCUGGGACCUCGACCAGGACUCCGCCGCCAGCCUCGUGUCCACGCAGCCCGGGACCGGCAUCGUCAAGAUCGCCGCCGGCCACAGGAUGCCGGAGGCGCGCGCAGAGGACCGCGAGGGCAUGGUGCUGAACUGCCUUGAGGCGCCACUGGACGUGGACAUCAAGGGCGGCGGCCGCGUGGUGGUGCUCAACACGGCGAACCUGCCGCUGGUCAAGGAGGUCGGGCUCGGCGCCGACCUGGUCAGGAUCGACGGCCACUCCAUGUGCUCGCCGGGCUUCUCCUGCGACUCCGCCUACCAGGUCACCUACAUCGUGCGCGGCAGCGGCCGCGUGCAGGUCGUCGGCAUCGAUGGCACCCGCGUGCUCGAGACCCGUGUUGAGGCUGGCUGCCUCUUCAUCGUGCCCAGGUUCUUCGUCGUCUCCAAGAUCGCUGAUGAGACCGGCCUGGAGUGGUUCUCCAUCAUCACCACACCCAACCCGAUCUUCAGUCACUUGGCGGGGAGGACGUCGGUGUGGAAGGCGAUAUCCCCGACGGUGCUAGAGGCGUCCUUCAACACCACUCCGGAGAUGGAGAAGAUGUUCCGCUCCAAGAGGCUCGACUCUGAGAUCUUCUUCGCUCCCAGCUAGACAAGAUCGACACCAGCCGUCCAUCCAUGCAUCUCCGGAACCGGCCAGCCACGAGCAGCUUAAAUUUAGUUUAGCUAUUUGGUAGUCGAUCGAGCAGUCAAUAAAAUUUAGUU